AUGAUUAAAAAUAAUAACAACAAUGCUCUUAGAUCACAAACACCAUUUAUGAGUGAAAAUCAUCCAUUAAAUCCUUAUGGAAAUAACUUUAUAGAUCAUCCAUAUGAAUCAAAAAUAUUUUAUAAAUUUAAUUCUGUCAAAUAAUAUGUUCAUUUAGAAGAAGAUGAUUAAUUUAGAAUCUCUAAAUAUUCUGCAUAUUUUGCCUUUGGUUUAGGAGGGACAUUAAUAGGAACAAUUGGUGGAUUUCAUUUGCUUUUAAAAUAUGUUUUUAAACCAUAUUACACUACAACAUUUGAACAUUUCAAUCAUUAUAAACAUUUAUAUUUAGGAUUGUUGGUUGCUUCUAGUGUUACAUUUAUGUAUACAUAUUUGACAACUUUAUACAUAAACAAUGUUUCAAGACCAUUGCUAUACAAAUAUUUAGAUGAAGCUAAAAAGAAUGGUUUCUAAGAUUAUGAGAUUAGUUUCAAACAAUAAUGA